ACUCACCCCUAAGCUUUUGCUUGGGAUUAAAAAGAACUCGACUCGUCUCAACACUUAUUAGAGGCGGUGCAGACGUUAAUGUAAAAAUAAGGACAAAAUAACUCUCUUGCAGCAAGAAAUUAUGAAUGAAGACAGUGAGACUGCAUUAGUUUUACUUAAACAAGGAGCAGAUUUUACUUCUGUAGCAGGUGAUCAGAACUCUAUAUUAAUGCUGUCAAUUGAACACAAUCUACCAACAGUUGUGGAUUUUCUUUGUACAAAAGGAAUUUCAUUGAAUGUAUCUGACAAUAACGGUGUUUCCCCCCUGUGGACUGCUUUAGUUUUAGAACGAAAAGAUGUGGCACGUGUGCUUGUGCGUCAUGGUGUUGACACUGACUGUUGGCACAAAGGACCUGAUGGGUAUCAACAAACACUACUACAUCGUGCAAUAGAUGAAAACAAAGUUAAUAUAGCCAUAUUUUUAAUUCAAAGUCAGUGUGACUUAGACUCCGCUCGUCAAGCAGGCCCAAACGGGGAGGGCGGAGAUGAAGUUCAGGAAAAAGCUUCUCCGUCUCAUCUAUGUUGUCAGUGGGGACUUACGCAUGUUCUUCAAACUCUAAUUGAUCAUGGUGCUAAUAUAAACGUGCUUGAUGCUAAUAAAAAAACCCCGCUACAUAUUGCUAUAGAAAAUCAACAUGAUGAGAUAAUAAACAUUCUACUUUGUCACCCUUUAAUAGAUUUAAAACUUAGAGACAGCUUUGGAAACACUGCAUUUGCAUCCGCUCUAGACACUCGAAAUCACAAGGCGGCGCAACGCAUUUUAGAGCGACUUCCAACUGCAGCUGAGCAAAUGGAUCAACUAGGCCGUAAUUUUUUGCAUUUGGCUAUUAUAAAAGAUGAUUUGGAAACCGUUCUGUUUUUGUUAUCUAUUCAAGUAGACAUUAAUUCUCGGGUUCAUGAUGUUAAUCAGUCAACGCCCUUACAUUUAUCAGCUGCAUCACAAGUUGAAAUGAUAACUAGAAAUCUCAUAUUAGCUGGUGCUCGUUUAAAUGAGCGUGAUGCUUUUCAAAAAUUGCCCCUACACAUUGCAAUUGAACACGGCAAUCUUUCUGCAGUAUGUGCUUUAAUUCAAAACGGUGCUGACUAUGACGCAACUGAUGCUGAUGGAAACAAUGCUCUACACCUAGCUGUACAUGGCGGUCAGUUUUUAAUUGUACGCGAACUUUUAACAGAAUCAAGAGUAAAUGCAGAGGCAAGGAAUUCAAGAGGUAGAAAUCCAAUGCAUGAACUUUGUAGAGUUGUGAAAGAUAAUACAGCAGGAACCAUUUGCGAAUUAUUUUUAGAAUGUAUGCCAAAAUACCCAAUAAACACCCCUGACCUUGAUGGAAAUACACCACUUCUGCUAUCCUUUAUGCCUGGUCAAUCGCCACUCUGUAAAGUACUAGUAAAAGCAGGAGCGUGCCUUGGCACUGAAAAUAGGGAAGGUAUAAAUAUUUUUAAUUUCAAGUUGCCUACGGAUCAACUUCUUCACAAUUUGUUAGACAAACUGCCACAGGAAUCACCUUGGUCUGAGUCUGAUUUAUGCCAAGAAUGCAAUAUAAAAUUAACAAUAACCAUGCGGAAACACCAUUGUCGCCAUUGUGGUCGUGUUUUGUGCUCCAAAUGUUCCAGCAACGAAGUACCGAUUUUAAAAUUUGGAAUCAACAAACCAGUCAGAGUUUGCUCCGUUUGCUUUUAUGUGCUGCAUUGUGGAAAUGUAACAGUUUUAUGAAUAUAUUUAUUUCUAUCUUUAUUAUUUGCAAUAUGCAA